AUGAAAUUCUUUCUGAAAAGAUGUUUGCGCAAGAAGCCAGAGGAAAUGAAACCAGGCGCCAUACUGGACGCCGUCAUUUCGCAAUCCUCGCCAACGGCCAACAAAUGUCUACUCUACAAGCUGGCCGACUACAAGCGUGGUGGCGACCUUAUUGACGCACUCAAUACCGGCGGUUUGAUCGCCGUCGAACAAUUGAUACGCGAACAGUUCGGCAUUUUCAUGUACAACGAUGGCAAAGGUCAGGUGAUCAAUCGCGCUGAGUUUCUGCGUUGGAAAUAUCGCGACCACACUGAGGUAACCAUACCGAUUGAGGCUUCGCUCUCGCGCCACGAUCCACUCGGCAAGUGGGAGGACCACAAGGCGUGCUGGCAAAUGCAGUUUCGUGGCGCACUCGGCGAAAGUCUACUACACGUACUCAUCAUUUGUGAUUCGAAGAUACACACGAAGCUGGCGCGUGUGCUGAUACGUGUAUUCCCCAAUCUGGCACAGGAUGUGAUGGAAGGUGAGGAAUAUUUGGGCGCCAGCGCGCUACAUUUGGCUAUUGCCUAUAGCAACAAUGAGCUGGUGGCCGAUCUGAUAGAGGCGGGUGCGGAUAUCAAUCAACGUGCCGUGGGUAGUUUCUUUUUACCACGCGAUCAACAGCGUCGCAAUCCCGCCAAGUCGACAGAUUAUGAGGGACUGGCAUAUUUGGGUGAGUAUCCGCUAGCGUGGGCGGCUUGCUGUGCCAACGAGAGUGUGUACAAUUUGUUGUUGGACUGUGGCGCUGAUCCGGAUGCACAGGACUCCUUUGGCAAUAUGAUACUGCAUAUGGUAGUAGUGUGUGAUAAGUUGGAUAUGUUCGGCUAUGCUUUGCGUCAUCCAAAAACGCCAGCUAAAAAUGGCAUCGCGAAUCAUGGUGGUCUUACACCACUAACGCUGUCUUGCAAAUUGGGGCGCGCUGAGGUAUUUCGCGAGAUGUUAGAGCUGUCAGCGCGUGAGUUCUGGCGGUACAGCAACAUCACUUGCUCUGGUUAUCCGCUCAAUGCCUUGGAUACUUUACUGCCGGACGGACGUACUAAUUGGAACUCGGCGCUCUUCAUCAUUCUGAAUGGCACCAAAGAGGAGCAUUUGGAUAUGUUAGAUGGCGGUAUAAUACAACGUUUGCUAGAGGAGAAGUGGAAGACAUUUGCGCAAAACCAAUUCUUAAAACGUCUACUCAUUCUAGUAACACAUUUGGUUUGCCUUUCAAUCUCGGUUUAUAUGCGGCCAGCUCAUGUAGCGGAUGAUGAUGAGGACGAAGAAACGCCGACGAAUGGAAAUGCAAAAGGCUCAAAGACCGUUGAGCUCGCUGAGGAGGGUGCAGACGAUGACUACGAUGUGCAGACAAUAGUGCGAUAUUGUGCUGAGUUUGGUACCAUCACGGGAGUGCUGAGCUACGUUAUCUUCCAGCAGGGCGAUGAAAUUAAAAAUCAAGGCUUGCCGGCUUUUCUAAAGCAAUUGACCCACGCUCCGGCUAAGGCUAUAUUUUUAGUUUCCAAUCUGUUAAUACUUGCCUGCAUACCUUGUCGCCUGAUGGGCGAUACGGAUGCCGAGGAGGCUAUACUCAUAUUUGCUGUGCCAGGCAGUUGGUUUUUACUGAUGUUCUUUGCUGGAGCUAUCCGCCUCACUGGUCCUUUCGUCACAAUGAUCUAUUCUAUGAUUACGGGCGAUAUGUUCACUUUUGGCAUUAUAUACUGCAUUGUAUUGUGUGGGUUUUCCCAGGCCUUCUACUUUCUUUACAAGGGACAUCCACAGAUUCAGUCGACUAUGUUUAACACUUUUCCAAGCACAUGGAUGGCAUUAUUUCAAACUACGUUGGGAGAUUAUAAUUACCCCGAUUUGAACAAUACCACAUAUCCGAACCUGUCAAAGACGGUGUUUGUAAUCUUCAUGAUAUUUGUGCCCAUACUCUUGCUGAAUAUGUUAAUCGCCAUGAUGGGCAACACCUAUGCCCAAGUCAUCGAACGGUCCGAGAAGGAGUGGAUGAAGCAGUGGGCAAAAAUCGUAGUGACAUUGGAACGUGCGGUGCCACAAGCCGAUGCUAAAAAUUAUCUCGAGGCCUAUUCAAUACCAUUGGGACCGAUUGACGAUUCUGGCUAUGAAGUGCGUGGAGUAAUGGUGAUCAAAAGCAAGGCAAAGACCAGAGCCAAGCAACGCAAAGGCGCUGUAUCGAAUUGGAAACGCGUUGGGCGCGUAACAUUGAAUGCACUGAAAAAGCGCGGCAUGACGGGUGAGCAAAUGCGUCGCUUGAUGUGGGGACGUGCCUCAAUUUCCAGUCCCAUCAAGAUAACCAAAAAGAAGCUUAAAGAUCCUUAUAACUUGAAUCCGCAAAAUGAUCUGACAAGCGCAAUGGAUAUGCUAUCAUUCGCCAAUGAUCCAGCAUCCAGUGCAGCCAUAGAGCUACGCACUUCUCUGUCGGGCUCUGGCGCUGACGGUAAACUAACAGAACAGCAGCAGCAGCAGAAAAAUCAGCCACCUGCACCAGACCCCCUACGUGAUUUAAUCUUUCUUGCCGAUCGUCGUCCCGAAAUGCACGAUCCACAAUAUUUUGUUGGAUUGCAACAGUUGGCAAAUCAAGCCUUGGAUUUGGUGGAGCAGACAAUGGGAAUGCAUCCGAUAACAACGCCAGCCAUUAAUGCGUUGCUGUUGUCAGCUGCAACUGACACAACAGCAAUUGUAACGAUGGAGAUGACAGAAACAAUUGGCAACAUGGGCACUACAACUGAAUCAACAGUUCCGACUACAACUGCAACUGCAAUAACGAGUGCGGCUGCAGCCGCAGUGGCUGCUCCUACUGAGGAUUUGGUCACUCCACUGGGCGCAAAUUUGUCUACGCUAUUCCAGGAUCCGAAAGAUAUUGUUGAUCCACAAAAGCUGCAAGAUUUUCUAAAAAUGCUCGCUGAGAUCGAUACUGAGGAGAGUGACGGUGGCGGUCGACCAAUUUUGGGUAAAUUAUCACUUUCGCGGCGUACGAAGAGCGCGCUGUCGAAGGCUCAAAUUAAGAAGGAGUCCAUUGGCGGUAGUCCGAAUAAGCUGAUACCAUCGGUGUGGUCUCAUACCAUACCACAGGCUGAAGAGGAGCUGGAAUUCAACUUCGAGGCUGCUCUGGCCGAAGAACACAUACUCACCAUCGAGCAGGAGCCUGAGGUAGAAACCGAAACAGGCAAUGAACGAGACGAUAGCGAAGAUUGCCCAACAGCGGAGGAGGUGCAUGCAACCAUGAAACAAUUCCACCUGCGUAAGCGUCAAUACCAGCAGGACGACGCAGCACGGCGAGCGAAAAGUGCACGUAUCAAACGCAAAAAUAGAAUUUCGCCUGAACAAUCUAACGAUGGCGAUGAGGGUAGCGGCAAGUCAACGCACCCACGCGGUGCCUCAGCGCCAGGCCGCAAACAUCCUGUGGACGAGCGGCUGUCGCCUCCAGACCCACUGGAGCCGUGGAGUACGCGCGAAUUGCAAAAUAUCAACAAAAUAUUAGCGCGAAAGUGAAAGAGAAAACAGUUCGGUUGUUUAUUCAACGUUUUUGUAUGGUUUAAUUUUUGGUUUGCGAAGCUCACAAACGCCGUAGGUGUUAUUAUUUUUGCACAGUAUGGAAAUUGCAAUUUUAGCUGCUAUUAUAAAAAGAAAAUCUGUUAAAAAUGCCUGCGCAAAUAUAACUGCACACAUACAUGCAUAGAUGGAAUUAAAACCAAACUCUUAUGUAGCUGCCACAGUUUAUGCUACACUAAAUUGCUGUUUUUUAAGCCAACUCUCCUAAAAUUUACUCACACAAGCAAAUAUAGAGAAUGUAUGUAUGUGUCUAUGCAUAUGCAAUACGUUUGUCGUGCGUUGUAGUUGUAC